AUGAACCCUUACACGAUGUGUAUGUACAACGAUUCGUAUUCGUACCCUUGUGGCUGCAUUAAACCAAAUAACAAUCAGCUCAGAAAUAAUUACGAGCAAGCAAAUAAUUUCUCUUACGAAUGGAGCCGACUGGGACCGAUGGGAGGACUUGUGGAACCAAAACUUAUUUAUGUGCCUACAGUUCCUUCUGCAGACAUCGAAAUAGAGACAAACAUUAGAACUAAAAUAUCACAGCAACCAAAACUGGGGAUUGUCAACCAUAUGCGAAGUGGAUUUUCACCAUUACCACCACCAGAUUUAUUGCGUCGCGUUAAUGAGGAACGAUUGCGCACGACCUAUCAAUCAGAUUUUUGUAACCUGGACAACUAUCCACUGAUAAGCGAUUACAAUAAUUGGAUCUACAAUAGCAAUAAUAAGGCAAGAUUGUCCAACAUGCAGAGAAAAGAAUCUGAAGAGAUGAUCGAGUGUCGACCGCAGCCGAAACCGCCGUAUCUCGGCGGUCACCAAAUACCCGGGAGAGCUCCCCGCGAUUUCAAUUUCGGGGUAAAGGAAAAAAAAACAAACGCUCGCAAGCGCUCGAGUCAGACUAGUCGUCUGUCUCGUGGGUCUAAAGAUUUUCAUAAAGUGGAAAUAGAUAAUUCACAAUUAGAUAAUCCUAGGAAAAGUUUUGCCGAAAAUGAGGUAGAAGUUGAUUCGAAAUUUUAUGAAAACACGGCUGCUAAUUCGCCGAGACAUUCUAGCAAUGGUCUAGACGAUGAGUUUUCUUAUGACAGCAGUAAAAAAAAUAGCCUUGAUAAUUACGAUAACAAUAAUGGUGACAAUAAUAGCAAUGAUGAUAACAGUUUUAAAAACAAUAAGAAUAACAAUAGUAUUGAUAGCAGCGGGAGUAAAAUUAAAAGUAUCAAUAAUGACACCUACGUAAAUUUGAAUUAUUCAAACCGGAAACGGAGGUACACCAUAGACUUGGGCAGUGAAAAUUUCGAUAUCAAUUUAUUGCCACUGCCUUGGAUGAGCGAGUAUCAGGACACCAUAAGCGGAACUGCUGACGAAAUUUUGAGAACAAAAUUACACUACUACGGAAAAUUGCGACUUUUACCAGAACACAUCGCUUACAAAAAAAAGCAAGCGGACAAAAAAACUAAGGAUAAGAAAAAACAAAAAUAA